UCCGGCGGCGCUCCGAGUGACGUGACGAGCGCGCCGGGUGGCGUGGUCCGAGGACGGUACUGGGGCGCAUGGAGCUGCAAUAAUGCGCAGGCGUACAUGGGAAAUGCGCCGGCCGCGUACCGAGUUCCGGGAAGCCGAAGGUCCAACACGCUCUCUGCUUUGGCAGGCGGGCAGACCCGGUCGCUUGGUCGCCCUUUCGGACAAGACUGAACAAUAUCGGGAUAUGUGACACACUCCCUAGGAGGGCUUUGGACCUGUACCUGCCCGCUAGGAAUCUUUCCUCCCUGCCACCCAGGCCACCAUGGCAGCCCGCCUGGUGAAGCGAUGCGCGUGCCUCUUGAGAGAGGCCACCCUUCUGGCCCCUGCAGUGGCUCCAGGCAGCCGACUGCCGCUUGCCAGCGUGGCACCCAGGACUCUGACUUUCUCGGCCCCCUGCCUCAGUUCUCACUUCUCAGGCCCCUUGUCGGGGCUUGUAGAGAAGGAACAGGCGUCCGCCCCCUACCCAGGGCACCGGGAGGUGGAGCGGCUCAUCGAGAAGGCCACCCAGCCAGAGGAGCUCCUGGAGCUGCUCGGUGGCGGUCGCUGCCUGCAAGAGAACCACGCGGCCCUCGUGCUCACCCAGCUCUCUCGCCUGCUGUCUGACAAGCCGGAAGACAGAGCCUCGCUUGUGCAGGAUGCCCGCUUUCAGCAGCUUCUCCAUCUCGUCAACAGCCAGAUAGGUGUUGUGUGGCACGGGGUGCUCGUGAAGCUGCUGCGCAGCCUGUACGCGCUGGCGCUGCCCACAGCCUGCAGGGAGCUGCGCUCGGUGGAGCAGGAGGUGCGCUGGCGCCUGCGCAGGCUAAAGUACAAGCACCUGGCCUUCCUGGCCGAGUCCAGCGCCGUGCACAUGCAGGAGCGAGGAUCCCCAGAGCUGCUGGCCGAGCUGCUGGUGCAUCUGGAGCGGCGCUGGACGGAGAUCGACGAUGGCCGCACAGCGGUGGCCCUGAUGGCCAAGACCGGGCACCUCUCAGAGCCACUGAUGAACCGCCUGGAGGACAAGUGCCUGGAGCUGGUGGAGCGCUUCGGCCCCGACGAGCUGCGGAAGGUGCUGGUGACGCUGGCGGCUCAGAACCGGCGGUCAGUGCCCUUGCUGCGCGCUGUCUCUUACCACUUGGUCCAGAAGCCCUUCCUGCUGACGAAAGGCACACUCCUGGACCUGGCCUACUCCUACGGCAAACUUGGCUUCCACCAGACCCAGGUGUUCCAGCGCCUGGCUGCCGACCUGCUGCCCCACGUGCCCAGCCUGACAUCCGGUGAGGUAGCCCGCUGCGCCAAGUCAUUCGCCCUCCUCAAGUGGCUCAGCCCGCCCCUAUUCGAGGCCUUUGCCCAGCACAUCCUAGACCUAGCCCACACCGUCACCGUGCCCCACCUGUGCAACGUGCUUCUGGCCUUCGCGCACCUGAACUUCCGUCCCGAGCAAGAGGACCGGUUCUUCAGCCUGGUUCACGAGAAGCUGGGGUCCGAGCUGAGGAGCCUGCACCCAGCCCUGCAGGUGGAUGUUGUGUGGGCACUAUGCGUGCUGCAGCAGGUGCAGGAGGCGGAGCUGCGGACCGUGCUCCACCCUGAACUGCACACCCGGUUCCUGGGCAGUGGGUCCCCGAAGGACCAGAGCACCUUCCAGAAGCUGCUGCAUAUCAAUGCCACCGCCCAGCUGGAGCACCCUGAGUACACGGGCCCCCUCCUGCCGCCAGCUUCAGCCUGGGCCCCCCAGCUCUCGGCCCAUGAUGGGAAGAUGACACCCCUGCAGAAGGAGCUGCAGGACUCCCUGCGGGGGCUGCUGGGAAACCACAGCAGGGGCAGCUUCGCGGUGGCCACACAGUACGGCUGGGUUCUGGAUGCUGAGGUGCUGCUGGACACAGACGGCCAGUUCCUGCCCCUGAGAGACUCCGUGGCCCCGCAUCUCGCUCCUCCCUCCGGGACCCAGCCGUUGCCCCCUGGGGCCAAGAGGCUGGCCUUCCUGCGCUGGGAGUUCCCCAACUUCAACAGCCGGAGCAGAGAGCUGCUGGGGCGCUUCGCCCUGGCCCGGCGUCAUGUGCUGGCCGCCGGCUUCCUGGUGGUGGACGUCCCUUACUACGAGUGGCUGGAGCUCAAGUCCGAGUGGCAGAAAGGCGCCUACCUCAAGGACAAGAUGCGAAAAGCCGUGGCGGAGGAGCUGGCCAAGUGACAAGGCCAGUGGCCUGUGCUGCACCCCGGGAGUUGGCCAGCAGUUCCCGCCCUUUUAUGCGCAAUAAACAGUAACUGCCGGUGUCCUCGGUGUCCACACUAGGAGGCGUCCCGGACUUUGUCACCAUCGAUGCCUGGCCUGAUGCUCACACCGUGCGGUCCGCCCCCGGGGUCCUGGGAUUCCACCCUCUGAGUCACAAGAACCUUCCUGGGUCAGGCCUGUAGGGUUUUGAGCACAUGGUUUGGGGUUCUGAUCUUGGUGUGGAUACUGACCACAGGCGUCCCUUCCUGCCUAUGGUCUCAGGUGAGUGGGGGGACCCCCAAGGACCUCCAGUCACUGACUGGAGCGGAAGAUGGGUAGACUCAGCUCACAAGGUAGAGCUGCCAUCACGUCCAGACCUGGGGGACAUGCCCGGUGCCCAAGCAGCCCGAGCCUCCAUCCCCGCCAGGAAUCUGUCCCUUGCCCUUCACUGGAAGAACAGUCAAGAAGGUGACUGCCACAUGCUGCCGUUUGCCCCCAGCAGCUCAGAGAGGGGCCACUCCAAAGUGGUCCCCCCGGAAGAGCUAGUCCAGUCUCCUGUAACCUUGCAGCUCACACGGGCAUCGGCAUACAGGGGGUUCUCUGGGCACUUGUCAUUUGCACAUGUCGGAGGGGCAGCAGAGAUGACUCUGAAGCCAGUGACCCCAGGCCCAGGCAAGACGUGCAAGCAGGGAGGACAUCACACAGGGAAGGACGGGCAUGGACGAGUGUCAGGGUGCGGGGCCUGUUCAGGAGGGCUCAGGGACAUCCCACAGAGGACAUGUGAGCUAGUCCCGUCCACCUGAGACCACCAGCUUCCACUAGAGACACUCAAGUCUGUUUGUAGUCAUGAGACAUUACAGUGGUUCAUGUGUCCUUUAUCACUCUCAGUGGUGACAUUUAGAACUAGUACAUGUCACCAGAACAAACCAAAGGGAGUAGAAGUCCACGUACAAGGCUAGUGCCCCUGUGCAAGGACCCCUCGUGCUGCCCUUCACACCCACACCUCUCCCUGCUGGAGACCACCAACCUGCUCUCUGUUUCUACUAUGGUUUUGAGAGCUUUCUGUAGAGGGGUCUGCACGGGCCUCAGGCUGGGUCUGCCCUGGCUCGUCCAGGGGUCUGUGUGCUGGUCCUUUCAUGUUCCUGCAGGGGAUUGGUCGCCCCACAGGCAAGGGUGGUGGGAGCCUCCACUCUCUGGGGCAAAUGCCAUCACAUGCAUUUGUGCAGGAGCUUGAGCUGCCUGGCUCUUCCAGAGUCACUGUGCCGUCCUGGGCCUUCCUGCCCGCAGAAGGAAAGCCAGAUGUCCUCACAGAUGGCUGGCGGCUCCAGAGGUUGUGCAUCUUCCCGAUGGCCAACACCAUAGAGCUCUCAUCCCAGCAUCCCAGCGCACACCGUGAUGCUAACUCCAGCACUGGUCUCCAUGACGACCAGGGCUCUUAUCCGCUGUGCUUCGUCGGCUUCUGUGAUCUUCGGAGAAAUCCCUGUCGCGACUCUAUGCCCAGGACUCCUUUCCGUCACCUUACUGAGCGGUUGGAGUUCUCCGUUCAGACCUCUUCUCCUGUCGGAAGUGGUUUGCAAAGGCUUCUCCCGUUCUGUGGGUCCUGUCUGCACUGUCUCGGUGGUGGCCCUCGAACAGCAAGCUUUCCGCUUUGCCUACCUCCACUGGGUUGGCUUUGCUUGUGCCUUUGCUGUCCGUCCUGUCAGAGUCCUUUGGUGAAUCAAGGUCAUGGAAAUACACCUGUUUUCUUUGAA